UAUCUAUAUAAACCGUAUGUGCUGUUCAGUUGGAGGCACCAAUGUUGGAGAACCUGGGUUCAGAUAGACUGAGAGAAACAAGAAGAUGAGCUUCAAGAAAGUUGAUAGAGUUUCAGUUGUUGUGCUACUUGUGUUCAUCGUCUUUUCGGUUUCUGCUGCAGGAGGGAGGGAGUUGGCGGGAGAAAAGACACAAAAGGACCAUUACAACGCUGCAUCCAAAGAGGGGACAAAAGUUACAGGCAACCAUCCAAGGAACCUCAUGGUCAAGACAAACGACUACGGUCGCUACGACCCGGCUCCAGCGUUUUCCAGGCCUCGCUUCAAGCCCAUACCCCACUGAUCGAUCGACAUGAUCGCUAAUUUGCUCCUGCGCACAACUACAUUGUUAAGCUAUUCAACAAUAUAUAUUCAUAGUCAGUUAUUAUAAUUGGUGAGUAAUGGUAUGUGUGUUCCUCUAGCACAUGUGUAUCAUACAUACUAUAGGCCCUACACUGGUGGUAAGUUAACAUAUACUAGGAAGGCAUGGCGCGGCGGCGCACUGCGCCCAUGCCGCGAUACUAAUAAACUGUCCUAAGAAAUCGUGUAUUGUAAGACUGAAACUCUAGCAGAAACAAUAUUGUGUUGUAUUUC